AUGGACGUCGGGACAGAGAGGCCUCAACUGGCUGUGCGGCCAUUCGGCGAAGGCCCAGUUGAAGGCAGCAGUAGUGCUGAGCAAGAAUAUGGUAAUAGUAACACCAGCAGCAACGGCGGCUUGAGCGGAGAGGUGCAGCCGGCCGUUAUAUCGGAGGGCGAAGAUAGCAGAAACAGGGAUACCGUGUCCAAGAAGGGGUUCCAGCGUUGGCUGAGGCCUCCUUCUCCGAUACCCGGCUUGAAGAAGAAGUUCCGCAGCAAGCGCUCGAGAGGAAGUAGCCUGGACGGUGAAGUUCUGCAUGCCUUGUCCGGGGUGGACCGGGAAGGAGACUUCGUGCUCACUCCCGUGGGAUCCGACGGUAACAACUAUGCCGGUGAUUUGGAUACGAGCGCUGGCACCGACGCCUUGGACGAUGCUGGUAGUGACAACAGUGGUGCAAGCGUUGAGGAAGGGGGUGUUAGUGCAGAAGCGGUAGCAGCGAACCUUAGAGGGGGGGGGAGGGGGGAAGGAGAAGACCAUAGCACCGGGCAGCCGAAACGAGCGACCAAGCUCGCGAGGGGUCUGUCGAACGUGGCCCGGCGGCUCACGAAGCGGUCGGUGGGGUCAUCGGAGGCGAUGAGCUUAGGGAGGGAUAACAGCUACUUGCGUGCGCACGAUGCUGAUUUCGACGGCGAUGGGCCCAGAUCGUUCACCGGGGGUUGGAGCAAUAGCCCAACGUCGCCGGAGCAUGGCGAGAGGCACAGGAAAUUGCCCCAAGACUGGCAUUUACCUCUCACAAGCACGAGCCCCGUGACGCCCCCGAUGGCGUCGCCGCCGCCGCAAGCUGACCAAGGCAGGCCUCCUCGCAGCAGCACCAGCAGCCGGCGGCCUUCUCCGACAACGAGCGGAGAAAUGUUGAUGCCGGGGCUUCCUCCGCCCCGAAUGCCACGAAUCACUCGAGGCCUCACGGACCCGGGGAGUCCGUGCGAUCACCGGAGGUUCGAGGGGACUGUAACGGGCGUGGGCAGUGAAUCGCGCAGGAAGGAAGAUCUACUGGAAAAGGGGGGAGAAGGCGUGUGCAGGGCAGAGGCACGGGAACAGGAGGGGAAGCCGGAGGUGGCCAGAGGCCGGCGUGGGCUGUUGGAAGGGAGCAAGAGCAAGAGCCUGUCUCCGAAGGGGGGGUGGGAGGGCGUCGGGGAGAGACAUCGAAGCCGCUCGGCCUCCCCAAAGCGUGUGCGCAGUCCGCACAAAGAGUGA